ACUGCCUACUGCAGCAGCAGUAACACACAUGACAUCACUUCCUGUCCCCACCGCACUUAGCUCCCCUGGGGAACAUAUUUACAGGAACACAAACAAAUAAGUUCAUCUCCUGAGUGACCGGGGGAUGAUUGGAAGUGACAAAAACACAAAACAACUAAAAAUGUAAGUACAUUUAUGAUUGCAAGUAAAAAAAAAAACGCGUGUUGAAUAAUUAUACAAGUUGCAUGUAAAACGACUUCCACGAUAAUACUGUAUAAUUAUGUAUACCUAAGACACAACUCUUUAACUUAAUCGUACUAUAUUGCAUCUUAGAAGUCAGGUUCUCUAUUUGCUCAUAAGAUUUGUUCUGACACUCACCUACAAGAAGAAAGGGUGUCACUCAGUUGACUCUCAUAUAUCGUCUGGUGGGUAAGAUUUGUUUGUGUACCUCUUUGCUAACAUCGGCUAGCAUCGGCUAGCUCUCAGCGCUAGCGGCUAGCGGCUAAUGAGCGCUACAAGUAACGCCACAGCCAACCGGCCUCGUGGAACGAAAAUAUACCGGGAAUCCGUCGCUCACCUCGGCAUCUCGCUCUUCCAGACUUCUCAGGCUCCAUACGACCAGACCCUGGAUAAGGAGGAUGGUCAACGCGGCAGCGAUUGCUAGUUUGUAUCGUCGGAGGAGCUUCUGUACUCUCUUGCUGGCCACCAUCUUUGCAACCCCGGUUGUAGCAGCGCGUGCACGGUACAUUCUGAGAUGCGCGCUCGCGUGGUGAGCACUUCUUCAUUCAAGAAAACUAAUAAGCUGGUGUUUGCUUUAAAAUGUCCAACUCCUGCUCCUGUUCCUGUUCCUAAACAUACAUAUUCAUACAUUCCUGUAUUGAUAGGUCACAGAGAUGAAAAAAUGACUAAAUGAUGUGGGAAAGAAUCCUGCUUCUCAGUGAAGUUGUUCCGUAUUCGUGAUGGGAAUUUCUGCUCUUUUAAGUGAAUCGUUAUUUUAGGCUCAACUCCCGGAUAAGAGUCGUUUGUUUGAGCUACCAAUGGCUCUUCAGGUUUUUGUCGCUUAUAUUGAUUUAUGAUCAAAAUACGUGUUGAACAUGCUAACCUUGAAUUGUUUUCUGUAUGUAAAACUAAUUGUAAAACUACAAAACAUGUUUCGUUUUAACAUCUUAGACUUUCUGGAAUGGAUUAAUUAUUUAUGGGGGGAAAUAUUAGGUUAACAUCAGUUUCUGAACCUUCCGGAACCAAUUCGUAAUGCUAAUUAAGUUUCCACUGUUUUUCAGUUGGAAAGAGUUUUCUAAGAGUUCUCCAACAGUUUAGCCUACAGCCGCAGGUCCGGUGACGUCAGUGCGCCACCACCAGCUCAUAAACGCGGCGGUGUGUUCACUGACCGCCGGACACUUUGGCGAUCCGCCUUGCAGAGCGCAUGUGGGCUGUCUGUCACACUGUUGGAUUACACCAUGAGGAAGACCUACGGGGUUUGUUGCUCGUCGGACUUUCUCCUAUAAGAAGAUGAGAGCUUUUGUGUUCACACUGAUGACUUCCGGGACAUCCACGAAAGGAACGUUAAGUGUUCACACUGCAGAAAUGUCCACAAGUGUUAGUCCAACCGUUCCCUCCUCACAGCUGACGUCGGAUCAACUCACCGUUGUCGCUGCAUGCUUUUCCUCCCUGGUGUUCUUUGUUGUUAUUGUGCUGCUCCUGUCCAUCAUUUACCGCAAGGAUCCCCAGUGCUGCAGAUUCCGCUCCUAUCAGGGGCCACAUGCAGAUAUGGAUGCUCCUCCUCAGUACUACAGCAGCAGACAGACGCUGGUGGGAUCUCCGUGUUCCGAGCAGACUAACAUCCCACAUGACAACAACACCGGGGCGGGUCAGCUGUUCUACGUGGGCCUGCCCUCCAGCUACAGUUUGCCUUCUCUGGAGGCCCCCCUGCCCAGACUGCCCUCCUACGAGAGUGUCCGAAAAAAGGAUCGCCAGAGGCAGAUCCACAUGAUGAUUGCAGACCGCUUCGGCCUCAAUGGACCUAUUGAGACGGAGCCCCCGCCAUCGUAUGAAGAGACCAUCCGUCAGUCUGUGGAGCUGCCGUACGACAUCCUCUCCUCCAGUUUGGAGACUUCCCCCACAUUGAGCAGCCAAAACGUCACACAUGGAGCGGAAUCGUAAAGCAUACGAUGGUUGGAUGUUGAUUGAAAUACCUCAAGACUGACUUUACGGCCCGGCCUGGGGGGGCUGGGCAACCAAAGAGGAGGCCGCACAUGACGGAAAGAGACUUCAUGAGGCUGGUACAACUUGAAAAGUCUGCAUGAACAUUGUGGACUGAAAUUGCCAUACAGAGAAUUCAUCUUCACGUUGCCUGAUGAAGAUAUUGGGAAAUGAAAGCCACUCACUUGGCGUUUUAUUCUACUCUGUGGACAUCACAAGGUCGAUUUUAGGGGGGCUGGAGCCAGCGUAUGAGUACGGUGCAUGGAACAGAUAAUAAUACAAAUUAUUAUUUGGUGAAAAUAAUCACGGGCGCAGGUCUCAGACGACCUCUCUCUGGAGGAACAGCAACAUACCUGCUGUCUGGUUACACGCUGGAAGUCGUGCACACACGGACAUCCUGUUCAGUAAAGGUCCAAAAUAAAAGCAUGGCAGUAUUCAUUUAGGUUCUUCAACACCAGACGGGGUUGAGGCUAACAUCAACUUACAUCUUCACUUGCAUGUUCCAGAUCUUGGGGAAUGAAAUGUGGAAUAUGGCGUUCAAUGUGCUAAAUUAUGGUCAAAUUAUUUUUUUUUCCAACAAAAAAUGAUAUUUUUUUAAUUCACCGUAAGUUGGUAAUACUUUGGAAACAGUUGAUAAUACGGGUAAAAUGUACAGCAUACAUGCGCUAACCGUUUUUACAUGUUUAUGUCUUCACUGAUGAUGUUUUGUGCCGUGUUUGUUUACCAUGUAACCAUACUUAAUAAUUAGACUUCAAACCGUACAAUAUCUAUUCAUAUACCAAACCCAAACGCAGCCUCCGGACCUUCUGGAUCUUCUGAAUCCGGAAUAAAACCCUGUAGAAGUUCCUUAUUUAAACCUGGGUGUACCUCAUUUGUCCUCAUUUGUAUUUAUUGAAGAAAAAAUGACUCAUUAUUAUUCAUCUGCACCUGCAAAUGUAAUGAAUAUUUGUUUUACAUUUAUUUUUCAUGCUCUAA